AUGCACUGCAUCAAAGAAGAGACCGCCCGACACGUCUCGCUCGCUUCAAUACGAGGAGUCCGUGUUUCGACCGAGAAGGUCGCGGUUGCGCCGGUCGAUGGCGCGUCGGAGGGACCAGCCUCGCCCGCCGCCGGCCAAUACUCCUUGGCGGGCAUCACGUCCGAGUCCGAGCUCGGAUCGUAUGGGAUCCGCUUCUCCAGCACGAUCCCCUCGGCCUUGCCCUUGCCCUUGUCGAGGGGCUUGGAGCAACAGCAGCCCAUUUUGGUGGCUGUUGAGAGAAUGUAA